UGUUCUUCUUGUUGGGAGGAUGGAGAACUACCACCAGGAGGAUCUACAGGUUCAGGGAGGGGUGUCCUUCCUCCUGCAUGGUGGAGCUGUUCGCCUCCUGCAUCUGGACCUGCUCAGUCUCGCAGAAGGGUUGUUGGGUCCAGUGUCAUGCUCAAAGACACUUAGGCAGUCGAUGGCGGAUUGCUGGAAUCAAACCAGCAGAUGUUGGCUCUUCUAGAUUCUCUGUGUCUUCUUUAGUUUUAGUUGUCAGAGAAGGACGUCCACCUCUGACUGAACCUCAUAUAAAGCCUCAGUAAACCUGCAGACCCACCAGAACCUCUGCUGGCCACCAGGGUCCAGGUCCAGUCCCCGAUCCGGCCCACAGAAGGUCUGAUGAGCCCCUGAUCAGGAAGGAAGCCUCUCUGGGCUCUUUAGACCUGCUCUGGUGGCACCACUGAUGAGGACUGGACCUGAUGCCAGUUCUAAACCAGAUUAAACGUAUUUUGUGUCACAGAUCCUGAGUCUUCCCCUUAGAACUAGAAUGGCAGAAAUCUGCUGCUUACUCUGCAGACCAGGGACACCAAGUCUCACAUGUGGGACAACAGGACGCUUGUGAGGGACGCUAGGAUGACGCCAAACACUUUAAUUUAACACACAUUACUAUAACCAGUCUCUGCUUUGCCUGUCAUUGCACAACUAUUAAUAACCACAACUCAUGAGUUUAUAAAAGGCAUUAUUUAGCUUUCUGGACGUCUGAUAAAGCUGUUAGAUUUUACCCUGUGUCCAGAAUGUCCUCGUCUCCGCCUCUCACCCGUUGACCACUGGAGACAGUCAGCGUUGCACGGAUGUUAAACUUUUAAAAACUAAAAUAGUUCUAAGUGCACCAGAAAAAACUUAACUAGCUUUUAAAUCUUAUUAGAAAAACAUUUAAGGUUAAUCUCGUCUGCCUGGCAGCUAUUUCUGGUUGGGAGUAAAAAUGAGUCCAGAGCUCUAGAGACGGGAGGAUUUCUCCGUUCUCCAGAAUCAGAACCAGAAAUACUUUAAUAAUCCCAGAGGGAACCCCCCAACCCACCCUGCAUGCAUGGGGAUAUCUGCUACCAGUUCUGGUGGUUCUGCUGGUACCAGCUGUGGUUCUGCUGGUACCAGCGCUGUGCUCCUAAAGCUCUAUCUCUCUCUAAUGUUGUGCAGCAGCUGCGCCCCCUGCUGGCCGCCGAUGUUACUGCGCCUCCUGGUCUCCGUCUCCGCUGCGUCCUGAACAUGCAGGCAACUAAAAGCUCCGCAGUUAUUCCGCAGUUUGUCAGUUUAUCUUCUGGAUGUUUUCCCGGAUAACCAGGGCAGUUAGUGGAUACCAUGGAAACAGCAGGAUGUCAGCUGUUUCCUGCUGAUUGCUGAUCAGCAACAGCUCACAUCUGACUGCAUGGAUCCGACGCGCACCCGCUCUAAGGGCUAAAUCAGGCUGGGAGGAAGAGGAGUAGGAGGAGGAGGAGGAGGAGUGUCGCGCAGCGGCUCCAUCAGUCAGUCGGUACGAGCUGAGGAAGAGGAGGAAGCCGUUCCAUCAGCUGCGGUCAUGUGACUUUUUAGAGAGGAUGUCCAGCCUUGAGCGAGCUUCCACUGGGCAGAAGGUGUGAGGAGAGGCAAAGGAUCAUGGGAGAUGGAGGACCCCCGCAGUCCGAGGGGAACGCUCUCCUCAAAGCCGUCUUCCAGGGAAAGCUGCGACUGGCCCGCUUGCUGCUGGAGGGCGGCGCUUACAUAAAUGAAGGCAACGAACGAGGCGAGACUCCCAUUUCUGCCGCCUGCCUGGGGAGCUACGAUGACCCGCAAACCCGCCAGAGGAUGGUGCGAUACCUGCUGGAGAAAGGAGCCGACCCAAACAUCCCCGACAAGAGCGGCCGCACCGCGCUGAUGCACGCCUGUGCCGAGCAGGCGGGGAAGGAGGUGGUGUCGCUGCUGCUGGAGAACGGAGCGGAUCCCAGCCUCAAAGACUAUUCUGGUGCUUCCGCCCUCAUCCACGCCAUCAACAAGGGAGACCGCGAGACCCUGCAGGUGCUCCUGGACGCCUGCAAGGCCAAAGGCAAAGAGGUGAUCAUCAUCACCACUGACACGUCACCGUCGGGUACAAAGAAGACCAAACAGUACCUGAACUCGCCGCCCUCUCCGGGCGUUGUGGACAAACUGUCUCCUGCCUGCAUGUCGCCCUCAGACGUGGAGAUUGGCACUUCCUCACCAGCAGGAGACGAGGAGGGGAUCUUCAGCUUUGCCCUCACCUCAGCACUUCCUCUGCCUUCCGCUCGGCCUCCAGGUGAGAAGAGGCCUCCUCCCCGAAAGCUCCUGAAAAGGCUGAACUCAGAGCCGUGGGGCCUGGUGGCGCCCUCGGUGCUGAACGGAGUUCCUCAGGAAAGACUGGACCAGGGUCUGGAGGAGGAGGGAAGCAGCGACCUGAGCAGAGUGGUCUCUGAGAUGAAUGGCCUGUCUAUCUCGGAACCGGUCCGACCUCGGUUGUCACGCCGGCACAGUAUUGAGACACAUGACCCGUGUUCUCCUAAACCCAUCGACCGGUCCUGCUCCGAGGAUUGCACGAGCCUUUCUGCCCCUUCUUGGGCUGACAAGGUCCAGCAGCACCAGAUCCUGUACCGUAGGAACACAGCUCCUGAGCCCCAGGAGAAUGCUGGAGGACCUGGAGCAACGGUGGCCCGGGUUCUGGCACACCCUAAACUGACCCGCAUGGAACACUACGAGUCGGACACCCACCUCUGUCCAGAGUCCAUCCCUGGCUCUCCAGACUCUGGUCGGAUGUCUGUGGAGCGGCGAAGAUAUAAUGCCUCCCCCCUGUCCCUGGUAACCAGCUCUUCCAGGGAGUCUCUGGAGAACAUUCCCAACUCUGUGUCCCCCAUCACUAUGCGCCGGCGUCCCCCGGGUCUCCUGGAACGCCGGGGCUCUGGAACGCUGCUGCUGGACCACAUCUCGCAUACCAGGCCAGGCUUCCUGCCUCCUCUCAACGUGAACCCCCAAAGACCCAUCCCUGACAUCCGGGCCAACGGGAAGCCCACUUCACCCAUGCACUGCGGACAUAAGAUCCUGGUCCCCAUGGCCCCAACGUCACCCAAACGGGGCCCUGAGUUCAAGAUGAAGAAGAAGCUGAUGAGAAGACACUCAAUGCAGACAGAGCAGAUGAAGCAGCUCUCCACCUUCCAGGAGAUCCUGGCUGAAAAGGUUGCCGAGUCCAAUGGGGACUGAUGACAGAAGGGAACAAAGCAUGAGGAGCAGCUGCAUUGGACUUAUUGGGAGGGUGAUCUAUUAUAAAGCCUCUUCAUCUCAGAGAGUCCAAGCCAACACCAGGUUCUGAAGAGAGUAGCUUGGUUUGAAACUACCUGAUUGGCCCAGUUUUAGUCUCUAUGAGGUUUAUGUUAAAAGGAUGGAUGUGAUCCGUUGGUCUGUUCCCUGCAGCAGUCAGAGAGAUCCCCGUUUAAAGAAUCAGAACUCUCCAUCAGCUCCCCAGAUCUGCACUCUUUCAGGACAGAACAUCCACCAUGUGAAACACCAAACCGGUGGUUUCCUUAGACCAAACUGGGUUCAGAGACAGUUGGGUAGGAUUGUAACCAAACCACAUCUUAGUCACCAUGAGUAGUGAAGGUGCUGACCAGUCCAACCCUGAAACAUCUACAGACAGAAAAGGUGAGGAUGGAAGCACCACGCCCUUCUUAAAACGGCCGGCAGGAUGAUCAGGUGGUCAUACGGAGAAGGAAGCGCUGGUUGGAGCAGCAGAAGAUCUCCUGUAGGACUCGGCUGACCAGCAGGAGGAGCUGUGCUCCUGCUCUAGAGGCACCACUCCUUUCUCUACCUCCUAACUAAGAUUACUGCACCCCUGUUUAGAUCAAACUGUCCACGUUCUGCACGUUAUCAGCAUCAACCCUGGGGAACCACGGGGGUCUGAGUUGACCCUCAGGUUAUGCCUCUGCUCCACAUCUGGAGGGGGUCACAGAGCUGUGGGUGACAGAGAUGUUUUAGGGAGGAUGCUCCAGAGUCCGUCUGAGAGAUAAUCAGAACCAGUCCUGUAAUUUAAAAUAUGAAUAUUAAUUGAUGUAUUUGACAGGAACAAUGCAAUCAGUGACAGCGUGCAGCUGAUGUGAUGCAGAGUUUAUAGCUGGAGUUACUCCACAACUCCUGCACCAUGCUGGGCCACAUGCUGGGGGGGGGGGG